GCGCUGAGCACUAAUCGGCGGUAAUAUACAGGCGAUUAUCGCGGAAGGGGACGGGCGCCGUGCGGGACUCGAAGUCCCGUCGUGCCCGGCGUCCGAUACGCUUCGCCUCUGUGGGCAGAGGGGCCGCUUUGAAGGACCGGAGGAGGAGAAGCGAGUCAGUGCGGAGGCUGUGCCGGGUGUCGGCCGGAUCUGCGGGGAGAAAGCAAGAGAAGAGCGGGGGAUCGGGAACGGAGAGGCUGCUUCUGCAACUCCGAUCAAAGGGGACUGACAGCGACGGACAGCCCUAUAGAAAUACGCCUGGCUGCAACUAGAGAUUACAGUGCGCGUUUAAAGAUAAGAAUUAAAAGGGAAAAACAGUCUGGAGUGAAGUUGAAAUCCCCGGCGGAGAAGGAGCCCAAGACGGCUCAUGUUCCACAGACUCCGCUUCGGGAAGGAGCCCGAAAUGCGGGCGGCUUCUCUCUCCAUGCGGAGUAUAGCAGGGUGAAACAUCUGCUGCAUGAAUGUAAUACCCGAAAUCCGCGGCAUCUGCUCAAAAUGUGUGGACCGUUACGUUAAAGGCGGACGUCACUUCAUCUACAGAUAAUUCUGAUACCUGGAAGACAUUAAAAGCCCAUAAAUGGAGCCAUUUUAAUGUUGUUUUACAAGAAGACAUUCCCUGCGUUACCCAAAAUACUGAAAAACAUCUUGUUUUUAACCUUUCGAUGUAUUAAUUUGCAUCGUUAAGCUUCUGGCCAUACAGCUGGACAUACGGUGGACAGGGCACCGUGAAGGAGUGUGGAGUGAGUGUGAGACGGUGACUGGGUAGAGAUGCGAGCCUGAAGCGGGACAGCCUUGGAACUACAGCAUCAAGGAUGCUGAGAGCCUCAUGAGGAGUGGCUGGAAAGGCAGAUCUUCAGCAUGGCCCAGACAAGCUUGUUACAGGGGAAGCGCUUUUACUGCAGGGAGUGGAUAUUCCAUAAACUGCAGCACUGCUUGCAGGAGAAGGCCGGCGGGUCCCUGGGGCUGAGCUCCGUACCUCAGUCCGGCGAUGGGGUCGGCCCGGGGAAGGGCGUCCCCUCCGGGGUGUUACUGGUGGGUGGACCGGGCAGCGGGAAGACAGCUUUGUGCACGGAACUGCUGUGGCCCAGCUCGGCCCAGGGAACCCACCGCGGCCUGCACCGCCAGAGCCUGGCCUUCCACUUCUGCCGGGCGGAGGACUCGGACACGCUGUGCGCGGGCCGCUUCGUGCGUGGCCUGGUGGCCCAGAUCAGCCGUAGUGGGCUGCUGCGGGGCUACGAGGAGAAGUUGCAGGACCUGGGGGCACAGAGCGCACUACAGCCCGGAGAGUGCGAGAGGAACCCCACCGAAGCCUUUAAGAGGUGUGUGGUGCUGCCGCUCCUGGCUCUGGAUCCUCCCCCACAGCCUGUCUUCAUCCUGGUGGACUCGGUGGAUGAAGGCAGCCCACUAGGUGAGGUGGACCAGCACUCUGCCACAGGGUCCCCCUACACCAUCGCCGAGCUCCUGGGUACCCUUCAUCAACUGCUCCCUCCCUGGCUCCUACUCAUCUGCUCUGCCCGGCGCCAGAACAGAGCCGUAACCAAGCUGUUCACGGGAUUCCGCAAAAUCAGCUUGGAUGACCUCCGGAAGGCGUACAUCGUAAAGGACGUACAGCAGUACAUUCUGCACCGCCUGGACCAGGAGGAGGCUCUCAGGCAGCACCUCACCAAGGAGACGGCAGAGAUGCUGAACCAACUGCACAUCAAGAGCAGUGGCUGUUUCCUGUACCUGGAGCGGGUGCUGGAUGGGGUGGUGGAGAACUUCAUCAUGUUGCGAGAGAUCCGCGACAUCCCCGGCACCCUGAAUGGCCUCUACCUAUGGCUCUGUCAGAGGCUGUUCGUAAGAAAGCAGUUUGCCAAAGUGCAGCCCAUCCUCAAUGUAAUGUUGGCUUCUUGUAGGCCUCUCACAGUCAAGGAGCUGUACUGUGCCGUCUGGACAAAAAAUAUGACGCUGACUAUGGAGGAGUUCCAAAAGAAAAUGGACAUCCUCUCCAGAGUACUUGUCAAUGGUCUAGGUAACACUAAAAUCCUCUUUCACUACAGUUUUGCAGAAUGGUUGCUCGAUGUGAAGCACUGCACACAGAAGUACUUGUGCAAUGUUGCUGAAGGACACAGGAUGAUGGCAAUGAGCUACACCUGCAGGGCUAAAGAGCUCAAGCCGCUGGAAGUUCAGGAGUUUGCACUGCACCUGGUAAACUCCAACCUGCAGAUAGAGCCCUUCAAUCUUGCACUCUGGAUGGUUUGGAACGGAACACCAGCUAAGGACUCCUUGACAACCUCCAUCCCAAAGGAACAGGAGGUGCUGCAGCUUCUCGUAAAGGCUGGUGCCCAUGUCAGUAGUGAGGAUGACCAGGCAUCUUGUGUAGUGCAGCAGGCAUUGGAAAGGGAAGAUGCAAUUCGAACUUUGCUUGAUAAUGGUGCCUCUGUCAACCAGAGUGACUCCUGUGGCAGAACAUUGCUGGCUAAUGCUGCCUACAGUGGAAAUCAGGACGUGGUGAACUUGCUUAUCGCCAGAGGUGCCAACCUCGAGCUAAAGGACAACCAUGGGCAGACUGCUUUGACCCUAUCUGCCAGGCAAGGGCAUACCAAGGUAGUGAACUGCUUGAUUGGCCAUGGGGUGAAUAUUAAUCACGCAGACCAUGACGGGUGGACAGCAUUGCGGUCAGCUGCCUGGGGAGGUCACUCUGAGGUGGUGUCUGCACUUUUGUAUGCUGGUGCUAAAGUAGACUGUGCGGACGCGGACGGUAGGACUGCCUUAAGAGCCGCAGCCUGGGGAGGACACGAGGACAUUGUGCUCAACCUGCUUCAGCAUGGAGCAGAAGUCAACAAAGCUGACAACGAAGGAAGGACGGCGCUCAUUGCCGCAGCGUACAUGGGCCAUCGAGAGAUCGUAGAGCAUCUUCUCAGUCACGGAGCACAGGUGAACCAUGAGGAUGUGGAUGGCAGGACUGCUCUUUCUGUUGCUGCUCUCUGCAUCCCUGCUAGCAAAGGGCAUACCUCUGUAGUCAGUCUACUCAUCGACCGUGGAGCAGAAGUUGACCAUUGUGACAAAGACGGCAUGACACCCCUGCUAGUGGCCGCUUAUGAAGGACAUGUAGACGUAGUUGACCUGCUCCUGGAGGGUGGUGCAGAUGUUGAUCACUCAGACCACAGUGGUAGAACGCCCCUUCUUGCAGCUGCUUCCAUGGGACAUGCAUCAGUAGUUAACACAUUGUUGUUCUGGGGUGCAGCAGUAGAUACCAUUGACAGUGAAGGUCGGACUGUCCUGAGCAUAGCAUCGGCUCAAGGAAAUGUGGAAGUUGUCCGAACUCUGCUGGACAGAGGGCUGGAUGAGAAUCACAGGGAUGAUUCUGGCUGGACCCCACUGCACAUGGCCUCUUUUGAGGGACAUCGGGUUGUGUGUACUGCUCUUAUUGAGCAAGGAGCUAGGCUCACAGAAAUCGAUAAUGACGGUCGCAUCCCACUAAUUUUAGCAGCCCAAGAGGGCCAUUAUGACUGUGUGAAAUUGCUGCUGGAAGAGAAGUCCAAUGUUGAUCAAAGAGGCUAUGAUGGAAGGAAUUCACUUCGAGUAGUAGCUCUUGAAGGCCACAGGGACAUUGUAGAACUUCUUCUGAGUCAUGAUGCCAAUAUAAACUCUAAAGAUGCAGAUGGUCGCCCCACACUUUACAUCUUAGCGCUCGAGAACAAGCUUGGUAUGGCAGAAUACUUCCUGGAAAAUGGAGCAAAUGUGGAGGUGAGAGACCCAGAGGGACGAGCUGCCUUGCAUGUUUCCUGCUGGCAGGGACAUAUCGAAAUGGUGCGGCUUCUGAUUAGCUGCCACGCAGAUGUCAACUCGUGUGACAACGAGAAUCGUUCAGCCCUUCAGUCCGCUGCUUGGCAGGGCCACCUUAAGGUAGUUCAGCUGCUGAUCGCCAGCGGGACAUUUGUGGACCACACAUGCAACCAGGGCGCUACUGCACUCUGCAUCGCCGCUCAGGAGGGGCAUAUUAGUGUGGUUCAGAUGUUGCUGGAGCAUGGAGCAGACCCUAACCAUGCCGAUCAGUUUGGCCGUACGCCCGUCCGUGUGGCUGCCAAGGGGGGGCAUGUACAGAUUAUCAAACUCUUGGAAAAAUAUGGUGCAACAAGCCUUAAUGGAUGCAGUCCCUCACCAAUACACAACAUGGACCAAAAGGUCCCAAUUACAGGAAGAACACUGUCCCUCACCAUGAAGUCCAACAGUUCAGGAAGCACAGGGCCUGGAGACCUGCACACUUCAGGCUGUGGCCUGCACAGUGGACCCAUCCAUGCAUUUAGCUCCCCAUCAGAGUCCCCAGACUCUACUGUGGACCGGCACAAGUCAUCUCUAUCUAAUAACUCGCUCAAAAGUUCCAAGAACUCCUCGCUAAGGACAACGUCCUCCACAGCAACAGCCCAGACUGUGCCAAUCGACAGCUUCCAUGGGCUGAGCUUCACUGAGCAGAUCCAGCAGCAUUCUUUGCCUCGCAGCCGGAGCAGACAGUCUGUAGUUUCCCCUUCAUCCACCACCAAGCCCACAGGACAGAAACCCGGUUCCCCAACUAGGGAGCUAGAGUGGAGUCAAAUUAAGCCCAACCAGAAGUCAUAUAAAGGAAGCAAGGUUGGAAAUAACAUGUCCAAUGGCAAGGGAUCAGGGGAAAAGAAAAAAUCCUUAAACGGGGGCUCAUCUCCAAGCCCGGUGCUGGAGUACGAAAUGACCCAGUUUGAUGAAAAGAUCUUUCUCGCCAAGCCAGCAGCAAGCCUUGGACUGAAAGAACCACAGUGCAAAAUAUUGAUGCCCCCCUCCAUCCAUCAGGAUGUUGGCCUCUCCCCACAGCAACUCCUCCUUCAGCACCAGAGCCUGGCAGACAAAAAGAGAAAUGGCAUCAUGACUAACCCUAAAUACCACCUGCAAGGUAACCAGGUGUUUUUCAGCAGAGUCACUGUCCCCACGACCAUGAUAGACAGGAGUCAUCAGCAUUUGUUAGAUGGCUACCCGAUAGGUGACACUGGAUUAAGUCUUAAACAAGCGCUGAAAUUACAGCUUGAAGGAUCCGACCCUGGGUUCAACUACAAGAAGGAGACCCCAUUAUAGCUGAUGCCUGGAACCACAUCAGCUGUCCAGAUCUAAUGGAGAAUGUGCCAAAAAGACUCCUUUUCAGCGCCACUGAACUGAAGUCCUCAUCCACUGCGCUCAGUGGAAGCUUGGAUCAGCUGCGACGUGGCCUCCUGUUGCCACAGUCCUCUCAGUGUAACCCUGCACGCAUCUCUGUCUUAUUAAGUGAUAUCUAAUGCGCUGCGUUUGCACUUUCUACCGAAACACCUGUCGCCAUUUUCAGUCAAAACCCUUUGUUCUCUUUCCAAAAUGAAUUGUUAAAAUUGAGCUAUAUUUUUUCGCUCUUGUUUCAUUUGUGUUUAAUUUUUUAUUUUUUUUACGUUUUAUAUUUUUGAUGCUUGUGAACAUACAUGUUGCAUACAUGUUCUUUAUAUGUUACGUGUAUUGAUGCUCUGCCUUUCUGAAGGUGAAAAUUCAGUGUAUCAAUCUGAGCAGUGUUACUUUGGUAACAAAAAGCAUUUCAUGUUUUUUUUUCUGAUGGUCAUUUGUAGUAUGGGUAUAAUUAAAUGUAUUUAUUUUGGGAAAAAUAAGCCACUUGCAUUGCACUGACAUCUUGUUGGGUUUAGUCAUAUACACUCAUCGGCCAUUUUAUUAGGUAUGCUCCUCCAAACAGCAAAUCAUAUGGCUGCAGUAGAAUAUAUUCAUCAUGCGUACGGGGUCAAGCGGUGCGGUUACUGUGUAGCUAAGCAUCAGAAUUGCUAAUCUGCCAGUUCUAAGUGAUUUUGAAUUUGGUGUGACCUUUGGUGCAAGACAUGGUGGAUCCGGUGGAUCCAACAUCUUAGAAGCUGCCACCUUGCUGGGAUUUUCUCACACUACAGUAUCAUGGGUUUAAUGAAAAUGGCACAAUUAAAACACACCCACCCACACACACACACCCACACACACACACACAAACAGUCAGUGGCAGUUCUGCAUCUGAAAAAAACACCUGGUUAAUAAGGUAAGGUCAGUUGAGAAUGGCCAGCCUCGUGAAAGCUAACUGGAAAGCCACGAGCAUAAAACAGCUCAGUUUAACAGUGGUAUGCAGAACGGCGUCUUUGAGUGCACAGAUCAUCAGCCCAGAGGUGGUUUUGUGGACAAAAGGGGCACCUACCUGAUACUAUGUAGGGGUACCUAAUAAAGUGACCUCUGAGUGUAUAUGGUAGCGUGACAACAGGAAAUCAGACUUCUUUCAUUUCAGCCUUGCAAAAUUAUGGCAUGUUUCAGAAACAGUGUCAUGAAAGAAGGUGUUUCAUGCUAAAUAAAGUAACCAUAUAUAACGUGCACUCUUGAAAGCAGUAGGAAAUCACGAUCUGCAAAAAAGACGUUCUGUACUAUUCUAGUCCGUUGGCGUUUUUGUUAAGAGCUUCUGGCGAAGAAACAUUUUCACCCGUUUGCCGAACUUCCAUCAGUUUGUUCUGGCAACGUUUUCCGGCUCUUGCGACCAUCUCCAGAUUCUGAGAGGCUGGAGCAUGUGCCGUUUUCUUGGGCUGUUCUCUGUGCCUCAGUGUUGGCUCUCAGUAGAGGGUGGAGAUCUUAUGAGGGCAGCUAUGGGACCGUGAACAUCUGCUAGAGGGCGGAUGAGUGUUUUUUUUUGUCCUCUUUCUACGGGGCGGCCUGCUAACUUCAGUCAUGGUGUCUCUCUGGAAGGAGAGGACAGACAAAAAGCCAAGUGGAAUCCGCUGUAACGUGUGCACAGUCACAAUAAGAGAAACCAGACAAGCAGGAGGCUCGCUGUCGUCCUCUAAACCGCAGCCCUUAUUGAAAAGCAACUGGAUACACAGGGAAAGACGAUGGGUGACUUAGGUACGGGAAGCCAAAAGGCGCUGAGGAAGACGCAUUAUUGUUUGAUUUUUGUUCAGCGAAUGUCAUUUUUCCUGUCAUUUUUUGACUAAACUUAAACCAUCUGAUUGUACAAAGCUUGUGUAUAUUGAACUCAGCAUUAAAGAAAAAAAAAUGUCCUGUAUUAUAUUGAAGUCCCGAUGUAUAAUAAAGUACUUAAUAAAUAUAAUUGCUUUACUGCAGGUGCAAUG